CCGUAGGCGCGCGCACGGGCGGCGAGCAUGUGAAACAGUCACCGGCAAGAAUGGAUCAAAGGAAGUACCGCCACGCGCUGACCCCGCUUCUCCUCCUUCUGCACGCGCUGGACUGUACCUCCGGGCAGUUCUUUCCAGGCAGCUGUUCGUUUGAGGAGCACUACAGUAAGUGUGGGUACAGCGUGGCUCUGGGGACCAAUGGCUUCGCCUGGGAGCAAGUCAACACCUGGGAGAGGCCUACUAUGGACGCUGCCGUUCCCACAGGUUCCUUUAUGAUGGUGAACGCAUCCGGCCGCGCUUCGGGCCAGAAAGCCCACCUCCUCCUCCCGACGCUCAAAGAAAACGACACGCACUGCAUCGACUUUCAUUACUCCCUCUCCAGCCGGGACGGCCGCAGCCCCGGAUCCCUGAACGUCUACAUCAAGGUGGACGGUGGGCCGCAGGGGAACCCCAUCUGGAACGCCUCUGCACCGGUCACUGAGGGCUGGGCCAAGGCUGAACUGGCCAUCAGCACCUUCUGGCCCAACUCCUACCAGGUCAUUUUUGAGGCAGUGUCCGUGCAAGGGCAUCCCGGCUUUAUCUCAGUGGACGAGAUUCAUGUCUUGGCUCACCCCUGCCGGAAGACGCCUCAUUUCCUCCGGCUGCAGAACGUGGAGGUGAACGUGGGCCAGAAUGCAACGUUCCAGUGCAUCGCAGGGGGCAAGUGGUCACAAGAGGACAAGCUGUGGCUUCAGCAAUGGAAUGGGAAGGACACAUCUCUCAUGGUCACUCGCUCAGUGAACCAGCGCCGGUUCUCCGCCACCGUCCGCGUGGCCGACACGUCCCAACGUGGAACUAGCCGCUACCGCUGCGUGAUCCGCUCUGACGGCGGCUCAGGGGUGUCCAACUACGCCGAACUGAGCGUGAAAGCUCCCCCGACUCCAAUCGCCCCUCCUGAGCUGCUGGCGGUUGGCGCCACCUACCUGUGGAUCAAGCCAAAUGCUAACUCCAUCAUCGGCGAUGGGCCAAUCAUCCUCAAGGAGGUGGAGUACCGCACGACCACUGGAAACUGGGCAGAGACGCACAUCGUGGACGCACCCACUUACAAACUGUGGCAUCUGGACCCGGACGUCGAGUACGAGAUUAAGGUUCUCCUGACUCGACCCGGAGAGGGAGGCACCGGACCUCCAGGACCGCCACUCAUCACACGCACCAAGUGUGCAGAUCCAGUGAACGGUCCUCAGAAUGUGAAGGUGGUGGACGUCCGUGCGCGGCAGCUGAGGCUGGAGUGGGACCUGUUCACAUAUGCGGUGACGCGCUGCCACAGCUUCAACCUGACGGUGCAGUACCAGUACGUCUUCAAUCAGCAGGAGUUCGCCGCCGAGGAGCUGAUCCCCACCUCCUCCCACUACAUCCUCAGAGGACUGCGGCCUUUUGUGACCGUCAGGCUCAGGCUGGUGUUGGCCAACCCAGAGGGCAGCAAGGAGAGCGAGGAGAUCGUCAAACAGACCGAGGAAGACGUGCCCGGUCCAGUUCCUAUGGAGUCCAUCCAGACCGGCCCGUACGAGGAGAAGAUCUUCAUGCAGUGGAAGGCUCCCAACGAGACCAACGGCAUCAUCACUCUUUACGAGAUCACCUAUAAGGCCCUCAGCUCUCUGGACCCCAGCGCUGACCUGAGCACUCAGCAUGGCCGAGUCUUCAAGCUCCAGAACGAAACUCACCAUCUGUUUGUGGGACUUUACCCCGGCACCACCUACUACUUCACCCUGAAGGCCAGCACCAGCAAGGGCUUCGGACCACCUGUCACCACCCGCAUCGCCACCAAGAUCGCAGCUCCGUCGAUGCCUGAAUACGAGACCGACUCUCCUCUCAACGAGACAGAAACCACCAUCACUGUCCUCCUGAAGCCCGCCCAGUCACGAGGAGCCCCCGUCAGCGCGUACCAAGUGGUGGUUCAGGAGGAGCGGAAGCAGAAAGUCCGGCGGGCGACUGAUGUCAUUGAGUGCUUCUCCGUCCCCGUUAGCUACCGGAACGCCUCCAUCCUGGACUCGGCGCAUUACUUUGCGGCUGAGCUCUCCCCAGUUAGCCUAGCGGUGGUGCAGCCCUUCACCAUCGGGGACAACAAGACCUAUAACGGUUACUGGAACGCGCCGCUGUCUCCCGCCAAGAGCUACAGCAUUUACUUCCAAGCUCUGAGCAGGGCCAACGGGGAAACCAAAAUCAACUGUGUGCGACUGGCUACCAAAGGUGCGUCCACCCAGAACUCCAAUGCUGUGGAACCUGAGAAGCAGGUGGACAGCACGGUAAAGAUGGCCGGGGUCAUUGCUGGCAUCCUCAUGUUCAUCAUCAUCCUCCUGGGUGUGGUCCUCACCUUCAAACGCAGAAGAAAUGCGUAUUCCUACUCUUACUAUCUGAAACUGGCUAAGAAACAGAAGGAGACCGCCAGCAGCAGCACUCAGAGAGAGAUGGGGCCGGUCGGCACGGCGGACAAAAGCACCGGCAAAGUCAGCACCCUGCACAAGGACGACCCUUUCUCCACCAGUAACCAGGACCUCAACGGAUUCGCCUCCUCGUCUCCCUGCUCCUUCUCCGUCCAGGGCAAGACGCUGCAAAGUAAAUCGCUCCUCAACUCUUACUACUCAGUGUCCAAGGACCCGGUUCCUGCAACCACAUCUAUAGAUGGCAGUCACAGCGAGAUGUCCCAGCCGUCGCUGACCAUUCAGACGUAUCCGUAUGGAGGGUGUGAGUCAGUGGAGAUGUCCUACCAGGCAGGCCAGUUCCAGCCAGCCAUCCGUGUGGCUGACCUUCUGCAGCAUAUCACCCAGAUGAAGUGUGGCCAGGGCUAUGGGUUUAAAGAGGAGUAUGAGGGUCUGGCGGAGGGACAAACUGCCCCAUGGGAAACGGCCAAGAAAGACGAGAACCGCAACAAGAAUCGCUAUGGCAACAUCAUUGCUUAUGAUCACACUCGAGUCCGGCUGCAGGCCCUGGAGGGAGACCCCCACUCAGACUACAUCAACGCCAACUACAUAGACGGUUACCACCGGCCGAGGCAUUACAUCGCUACGCAAGGACCCAUGCAGGAGACGGUGAGAGAUUUCUGGCGGAUGAUUUGGCAAGAGAACUCCGCCAGCAUCGUCAUGGUAACCAACCUGGUGGAAGUGGGCAGGGUGAAGUGUGUGCGCUACUGGCCUGACGAGACGGAGGUUUAUGGCGACAUCAAAGUGACUCUGAUCGAGACGGAGCCUCUGGCUGAAUACGUCAUCCGCACCUUCACUGUCCAGAAGAAGGGGCAUCACGAGAUCCGCGAGAUCCGACAGUUUCAUUUCACCAGCUGGCCCGAUCACGGCGUCCCCUGCUACGCCACCGGCCUGCUCGGCUUCGUCCGCCAGGUCAAGUUCCUCAACCCUCCAGACGCCGGCCCGAUAGUGGUCCACUGCAGUGCUGGGGCCGGAAGAACAGGCUGCUUCAUCGCUGUGGACAUCAUGCUGGACAUGGCGGAGAACGAAGGCGUGGUGGACAUUUUCAACUGCAUCAGAGAGCUGCGCUCGCAGAGGGUCAACAUGGUGCAGACUGAGGAGCAGUAUGUGUUUGUGCACGAUGCCAUCCUGGAAGCGUGUUUGUGCGGCAACACAGCCAUCCCUGUGUGUGAGUUCAGGGCCAUCUACUACAACAUCAGCAGACUGGACCCUCAGACCAACUCCAGCCAGAUCAAAGAUGAGUUUCAGACGCUGAACAUCGUGACUCCGCGCGUUCGGCCUGAAGACUGCAGCGUGGGCCUCCUCCCCCGUAACCACGAUAAAAACAGGAGCAUGGACGUCCUGGCGGUCGACCGCUGCCUGCCUUUCCUCAUCUCUGUGGACGGCGAGUCCAGCAAUUACAUCAACGCUGCACUGAUGGAUAGUCAUAAACAGCCAGCGGCAUUCAUUGUGACGCAACACCCGCUGCCCAACACAGUGGCUGACUUUUGGAGGCUCGUGUUCGACUACAACUGCUCCUCCAUCGUGAUGCUAAAUGAAAUGGAUGCUGCACAGCUGUGCAUGCAGUACUGGCCAGAGAAGAGCUCGUGCUGCUACGGCCCGAUCCAAGUGGAGUUCAUCUCCGCCGACAUCGAUGAGGAAAUCAUCAAUCGGAUCUUCAGAAUCUGCAACAUGGCACGGCCACAGGAUGGCUACCGGCUGGUCCAGCACUUCCAGUUCCUUGGCUGGCCGGCGUACAGAGACACCCCGCUGUCCAAGCGCUCCAUUCUGCAGCUGGUCAGACGGCUGGCCAAGUGGCAGGAGCAGUAUGACGGGGGAGAUGGACGCACUGUGGUCCACUGCCUGACUGGUGGAGGGCGUAGCGGGACGUUCUGUGCCAUCUGUAGCAUCUGUGAGAUGAUUCAGCAGCAGAACAUCGUUGACGUGUUCCAUACAGUGAAGACGCUCCGAAACAACAAGGCCAACAUGGUCGAGACGAUGGAGCAGUACAAGUUCUGCUAUGAGGUAGCUCUGGAGAGCCUCAGCUCCUUCUGAGUGAGGGAGAAGCCAAGAGGUGAAGAAGAGAAAGAAGAGAGGAAGAGCAGACGCCUCCUCUUCGUCUGAACGCCACCUUUCAGACUCCUCUGGGUGCCUCCCUUUCUCCUGUUAAGGACGCAGGAGGCAGAAACAGAGAGAGAUCACACCCUCAUUGGGAUUUGUGUAAAGUAUUGUAUAAAGAAGUUAAGAAUGAAAAAAAAUACAAAAACAACCUCUAUUGGCCAUUUCUCUCCAUUUAUUUUUGUCAAUGUCCAGCAUCGAAGCCUGAAUCCUGGACCGUGAAGUGAUCUUGUA